CGCCUCGAUAAGCUGUUGCUGUAAAUAUGCAUUACAUCAUUCUUACUAGUUCAUGAUGUAUGCAAAAAUCGUUCUGAGAAACUGUGUGGAUGCAGUUGUUUUUACUACCUACGAAAGCCCUCCAAAGCCUUCGAAGCUAAAGAUGUAACUGAUCAUGAGGUCGAGUCAAUCGAGCAGUUACCAGUCUCCCGCAUCAUCCAUAAUGGCUUUACUUCGACGCGUGGCAUUAUUAAUUAAACCCGCUCAAAUCAAAGGCUGUCUUCUCAUUCACUCUUCUUUGCGACGUUUUCUCUUCGUCAAUAGUAGCACAAUGAAUGUGGCUGAUUUAAGCGAUGCUUACAGCGACACGCUGCAAUACGUGGAGGCGAACUUCCUCCGUAAUUAUGGAGGCAAGGCGAAAUUUGGAGGAAUGAUUUCUACGUUGAAAUGCCAUGAAGACAAUGUACUCGUGAAGAAAGCACUCACUGAACCAGGGAACAAGCGGGUAAGCCACACCACUGGUCAAUGUUAAUGUCAGUGAAACCCGCCAAAACGGCGGCAAGUAUGUGGUGGAAAUAUAGUCCUAUAUAUUCUGAGGAUGUUUACAUUGCGCUUCUCUUUUGUAGAUGGGAUUUCAGUAUUAAUAAGUAUGAAUGACGACUCGCUUUUCAUGUGACAUUACUCAGCAUUUACCUGUACGUAUCAUGCAAAAUCUUGUUUACAUUUUUAUCUUUUCUUUUGUUUUUGUGUUUGUUUUUUUAAUCAAAUAAGCCUUAAAAUAUUGUCUGUAGCGAAUUGUCAUAAGUAAGUAGAGUUUACGUUUUUCUACUUUGUCGAUGGAGUUAGACAUUAGCUCCCAUGAGUGACCAAAACACAAUUUCUCCUUCCAACAUCAGUACAAUAUCAAGCAGACAUCUAUACAAUAUCAAAUAGCCAAGUGAUGAGAACAAAGAAAGAUCAAUUAGGGAAUUAUUGGUGGACCCACUACAAAAUUCUCCCAAGUAGCAUUAUUAGAAUUCUAUGGCAGACAGUAAAGGGAAUUACUUGUAAGAUAUUUGAAGUGAACGGCUUAAAGAAAUGUACUUGACUCAGAUUAACUAUAAGUUUGGCAGAAUAAAGAAUGUUUAGCUUUUAUCUCUCCAAGGUAGAUCAGAAGAACUUUAAAGUAUUCUUAGAUGUUAUAACAUAGUAACUUCUCCUCAAGAUUAUUUAUCAAGCGAGCUCAUAAGCCUUUCUGGUGUUAUCUUGAAAACAUAAUUCUCUCUACAGUUUCACAAGGGAAAAUAAAACAGCUUGAAAUAAAAUCAAGCAUAAUUUUUUCUUCCUUGUAAAUCUUUGAUUUGAUCAAUAUUUGCUGCUUGAUAACUUCCACACCCAAUUCUUCCCAGGAAGCAACAAGGCAGACUACACAUGCACCCGAUUGAUGACAUUGGAAGAAAUUUUGCCAAUUCAUUAUUUCCAAAUAUUGAUUUAAACGAAAGUGUGUUUAGAAAAUGACAAACUGCUGACAGCUUUCCUGACUGCUAGAGGUUGAAAAAAAAUUUUUUUGGAUGACAACUUGUUCUGAGAACCAUGAUUUCUCUGUACACCAAUAUUGUUGCAUAUUUGAAAUCUCUAAACUGAUCUUUUUUAUGCUCAGGUCCUUGUGGUGGAUGCAGGAGGGUCACUAAGGUGUGGCAUGCUUGGUGACAAUCUUGCUUCACUUGUGAUGAAGAACAAUUGGGCUGGUGUUGUUAUGUAUGGCUGUAUACGAGACUCUGAAGAGAUUUCAAGGAUGGAUGUGGGGGUGAAAGCUUUAGGCACAAUGCCAUUGAAAUCCAUCAAGAAAGGUUUGGGAGAAAGAGAUAUUGCUGUGCGGUUUGGAGGAGUGACAUUCACACCCGGUCAUUAUCUUUAUGCAGAUCUCGAUGGUAUUAUAGUGUCACCUAAAGAAUUAACUCUUGAUCAACCAAAAUUGUAACCAUUUCGAGUUUUGUUUAAUGCCUUAGUGAUUCUAAGAAUAAGAAUUACCUUAAUCUGUAUACUUUGUUGACAAAGUCAGUGUUAGCAUUGUCUGUUUUAUUGAAACUGAAUGUCAAAUGAUAUGACCAAGCCCUCAUUUUAUGUGCCUGUUAAAGAGGAACCAACUUUUGAUUUCUCUGUACCCAGGGUUUUAGGCAGUGGAGACAAUACAAAAGUGACUUGGAAAAGGACUUGCAGAAGAUGUACAACCUUUUUUGCUUUGCCAAUUUUCUAAUUGCUGCUAAAAACUAAAAGCCUUGAACAAGCUAAUUUAUUGCAAUCACUGCAGAAUAAAUUAAUUCUGAAAAUGAUGAAAUGUUUUGAACAGUCUCUAACCAGCAAAAUGGAAAGCAGUUCUUUCUAUGCUUCCUUUAGGUUUGAGUGUUAAAUUACCAGUAAACUAGAAGAUGUCCUUAAGAAUUAUUUGUUGUCUAAUGUUACUUCUCAACUCCAAUAAUAAUUAAGGGUGCAAACAAUGAGGAACUGGUCAUAUCUAUGUUCUUAAAAUUAUUUUCAAUAGUGUCAAGGGGGAAUA